CUCGUUAUUUGACGUAAUAUCCGGACCAAAUUUAAGCUAAUGUUACCCAGCAUAUAUAUUCACUAAUAACUUGCUGUGAGUUUACGUUUAUUUCAGUUUCUUGGCUGCUUCGGGAUGUUAGGUGGAGCAACCGACGGUGUUGUGAUGACUGUUUUGUAGACGCGGUCCACGUGAUGCUAAGCUUCAGGUGCUCUUACAAGGGAGCGUUCAUUGUUAGCUUAGCUUUAGCCGUGCUCCCAGCCUCUGCUUUCGCCUGACUUCUACUCUCCGGCUUGCUCUCGACGGGGCCGUAACAACUAGCUACCUCGGUAGCUAGCUAGUUAAACACUUUUUUAUUAUUAUUAUUUUAAGUUUUUGUGUCUUUCUGACUUGCUGGGACGUUUAUGUAACCGUCACUUCUCGGUCAAAUUCCAUAUAAGGACGCCUGUGAAUAAUCAGUCCUUUUUUAAUAGCACAUGCACGGAACAGCUAGCUUGUUAAGCUAAGUUUGAAGAAGCGGAUCAUCUGUAACUUGUGUUCUUUUGACCUGGACGCUAUAAUUUUACGUCCAGGGAUUUAAGGAGGCUUUUCAGCGUCUGCAUCCUCCUUUGAUCGCGCUGUCAAGAAGCGGGGAUACCCUUUUCUUUAUAGUUUUAUUUUUAUGUUUUGAAGUAUUUUUGUGCCACGAUGGCUUCCUCCUCUGGAAACGACGAUGACCUCACCAUCCCAAGAGCAGCUAUCAACAAGAUGAUUAAAGAAACUCUUCCUAACGUACGAGUGGCCAACGACGCGAGGGAGCUGGUUGUUAACUGCUGCACAGAGUUCAUCCACCUCAUUUCCUCCGAAGCCAACGAAAUAUGCAACAAAUCCGAGAAGAAGACCAUAUCUCCCGAGCAUGUCAUCAACGCCCUAGAGAGCCUUGGUUUCGGGUCGUACAUCACGGAGGUGAAAGACGUCCUGCAGGAGUGUAAAACUGUGGCUCUGAAGAGGAGGAAGGCCAGCUCCCGACUGGAGAACCUGGGCAUCCCAGAAGAGGAGCUCCUCAGACAACAACAAGAAUUAUUUGCUAAGGCGCGGCAGCAGCAGGCCGAGCUCGCCCAGCAGGAGUGGUUGCAGAUGCAGCAGGCCGCCCAGCAGGCACAGAUGGCAGCAGCAUCCGCCAGCACAGCCCAGCAGGCCGGCUCCUCUCAGGACGAAGACGAGGAGGAUGACAUGUGAUCCCAGGGCACCGUUCAGCUUGUCCAGAUUCCUACCUGGGACGGUGCUGCACCACAACCUUCCGGUGCCGUUAUGGCAGAGACCAGAUGUGUUUAACUGCCAGGAAAGGCACCUUUGCAAUGAACAGUAAAGAGAAAGAUGGACGGGGUUUUAACAUGGCCCUGAAAAUGGUUUGGAUUGAAAGGCUGGUCAUGAAGUUUCUGAUUUAUGUCAUUUCCCCCUCUUUUAGUUGCUUGUGUUUAAUGAGGUCUUGCUAUUAUGUUGUAAUUAGUAGAGUUCGGGAGGUUUUGCGAACCCACUGAGGGCAGACGUUGCCUGACACAGGUCAGUGAAUUUUGGUUAUUCCUUCAGGUACCGCUCCGGAUCACUUAAGCUUCAGGAAAUGAUUCCAGAGUGUCGGAGUCCUCCUUAUUUGGUGUUUGAUGGCCAUUUUUACUGUACGGAAUCUGGUUAGCCCCCUCCUUGGUAUAUUUGUUGAACAGUGAAUUGGUAGAGGGCCUGUGAAUAUUAACUUUGUUACGUUAUGUAGAGAAACAAUGGAUAUUUUGUUUAGUUUUAGCUUCUUCAGAUCUUUAGUUUCACCUUCUUCCUUCCUGGAACCGCCCUCAGUAUUGGUGAUUAGCUACACCUGUGAGAAACAGUAUCUGUCUCCUAGAACCAAAGAGUCCAGACUCGUCCCAGAGUUGGUGUUUAAGGUGUAGGUGCUACUCACUGCUGACUCCAGAUCAGUGUCAACAAUGUUUCGGAUUAUUAACCCAACUUUGAUAUCUAGAAUGAGUUUGGUAUUUCAGUCCUCGUAAAAACAAGUAACCUUGUUGUGAUGCAUUCACUGGCCUGUACUACAAAAUGUAUUCUUUAAGCAAUAAAGGAAUCAUUUUUAUACA